UACUAAAUUUAAAUGUCAAAAUUCUGGAACUCCUUGGAAAUUGCAGCAGUCUAUUUUAACUUCAAAAAUACGAACCAAAUCUGAUUAUAAUGGAAGGUGAUGCACCUACUUCUUCCAAAACAUUUUCAGGAAUUCCGGAAGCUGUUUUUGUAGAUAAUGUCGACGAAUUUAUGAAUCUACCUGAAAACUCCGGUGGAGUAGAUAAAGUUUUAAGAAGACUUGACGAGCAACAUGCAAAAUACAAAUUUAUGGAAAGUACUUUGGCUUCAAAGAGAAGACGUCUACGCCAACAAAUACCUGACCUGUCUCGUUCAUUAGAAAUGAUCGAAAAGUUAAAGGCUCAAAAAGAAGAUAUGGAAACUCAGUUUCUUUUGAGUGAUCAAGUAUUUCUAAAGGCAAACGUUAAACCAACAGAGACUGUCUUCUUAUGGUUAGGAGCCAAUGUCAUGUUAGAAUACUCUCUAGAAGAUGCUGAAAACUUAUUAACAACAAAUAUGGCCACAGCAAAGAAAAACUUGGCUUGUGUGGAACAUGAUUUGGACUUUUUACGUGAUCAGUGGACAACUAUAGAAGUAAAUAUGGCUAGAGUGUAUAAUUGGGAUAUAAAGAAACGUCAAGCUGCUAAAGCAUCUAGCCAAUAAGUUGAUUACAGUGUUUAAGGGAACAGAACAGUCCUCACAACUUGAAUUCUAAUAUUAGGCUAAAUUAUUUUGUAACAUAUUAAUAUGAGGAAAAAAAUUAACGUGCAAGCUUUUUCACCAGAUUAUAAACCACACUAUAAAGUCAUGUUCAUUU